UUUCCGUUGAUGACUCCAGCUCGUUUGGCGAGAUCAUUGCUUGAGCUGACGAGUUUGGAGAUGGUUUUUUUGGGAUGUUCCCCAGAACUGCAGCUUAUGGGAGCUAGAGACUGGUUGGAGAGCAGACACCCGCGCGUCCUCUUUUCGGGUAUUAACAUCUAUAUAUGUUUAUUUUAAAAAAAAAUACCAAAUCCUCGAGGCUGACUUCUGAUUGAAAUCCACAGCCGGUAAGACUGGAAAUGAAAACCCAUGAGAAACUCGAGGCCCAAUCUGCUGUCAAAGAAAUUUCCACUAGCUGCUCAUCUGAGAGGUUGCCACAAUGUAGAAUAACUCGGGCUGUUAAUUUGUUGCCUUCUUUACAAAAGCAUUUGCUUUUUCAAAAUAACCCACCUGCAUGGCAGGUGCCCCUCAUGACUCUCACAGCUGAAGACAGACUCCAUGGGAAAAGGAUAUUUGAUGGCCGAAGGACACCGAAAGUAUUCACGUAUCACCUACUGCUUUUUGUAGUUCUUCUUUUAGUUUUACCAGGUUUGCUGCACUGUGAUGGCAAAAGUCAGUUAUCCCCAGGAAAAGGUUUCAAAGGCUUUGACCAAAGUAUUGAAAUUUCUCCUUUGAAUAUGGCCCCUGAGCCCCAUGAUGGCGUGGCUAACUCGUCUGACACAUACCCACUUUAUAAACGAUCUGCAAGGAGUACAACAUUGCAAAAAGAGCAAGAGAGCAGCUUGCUGACUAUCUACCAGAGCAUGAAGGAAAUGAAAGAGAUGUUACUGCCUUGCGACACUCUUGUUGAAGUAACCAAUCAUAUACUGAAAAAAGCUUCAGGGAGAAAUUUAUCCUGCGAUUUCUUCCAGCUUCCAACCUGUGAUCAGAAGCUGAAUCACCAGCUCGCCAAAAUUAAUCCACUCAAGCUCAUUAAGGUUAAGAUAAAGCCACAGUUACUUUAUGAAGUCUUAGUCUGGCUGAAAAAAUUGAACUUGUUGCUGGAUGUACAUCAAGCAAAAUCAUUCUCCAUUGUGAAGAAACUAAUGCUUAACAAGGAACAAAUGGUUUUUGGAUCUCCAGUGCGAUGCCCAGAUAAACAUCCGUCUUUAUUACCCUGGAACCCAGAACAUGAUGAGAGGCACAAAGUUCAAAUUGGACGUGGGACGUUCCUUAAACUGGAAUCUUCAGCGACUGUACAUUCCAUCAUCAUUGAGGAUGGGGGCAAACUGGUAUUCAGCGACACGCCGCGGGCACCCAUCACUCUGAGGGCCCGCUAUAUCGUGAUCAGGAACGGCGGGGAGCUGCACAUUGGAGCUGAAAGGUGUCCCUAUACUUCCAGGGCCACCAUCUCUCUGGUAGGCAGAUCAACAGAGGGUCCACAGGUGGAGCAAUUCGGCAAGAAGUUUAUCGGUGUGGACAGAGGAGGGGUCUUGGAGCUGCACGGCAGGAGGAGUUUGUCCUGGACGCUGCUGAGCCGCACUCUGUACCCGGGCGGUUUGCAGUAUGGAGCCUAUCGCUACGACAGGCGUCGGGGCAACAGGGGCUUCAAUGUCCGGGUAAUAGACCCCGGCACCGCCAGGCUGCUGCGGGCCGACCGCUUCGACACCCACCUGUGGGCGAACGAGAGCCGCCGGCUGCAGGAAUUUCUGCGCUCCCAGCCCAGGGGUCGGAUCGUGGCGGUAGCGGUGGGCGAUUCGGCAGCUCGGAGACUGAGCAUGUCCGCCAGGAACGAUCUCCGAGAGCUGCUGGGCAGUGAACAAGCCAGGCAUCUGGGAUAUAGGCAGCCUUGGGCUAUUGUUGGAGUUAUUCGUGCAUCCAAAUCAUUUGUCGUGGAAGAUAGACGAUUAUAUCAGCCUAACGGAUCUACUGGUAUGGCCAUAGCAAGGAGAGACUUUCAGACAUAUGAUGGGACUCGGUUCACAGUCACUGCCUACAGUGAGUGGGUUCAUGGUGUACCUCAUUGUGGCUUUCGUGUGGAGGUGUCGAAGGGUGUAAUUCUUAAUUUAAUGGAUAAUACCUCCAGCUGGUUGCCUGGUGAUCAGAUAGUCAUUGCUAGCACUGACUAUUCUAUGUAUCAGGCUGAAAACUUUAACCUUCUUCCCUGCCCUGAAUGCGAAGUUAAUCAGGUUAAAAUCGAUGGUAAGCCCCGUUAUCUUCAUAUGGGUGAAAUUAUUGACGGAAUAGAUAUGCGAGCUGAAGUUGGACUUCUAAGUAGAAAUAUCGUUAUAAAAGGAGAAAUGGAGAACUCUUGUUAUGGGCAAAACCUCUGCCACUUUUUCAGUCAAGAUACGUUUGGUGGACAAAUAAGGAUCCUACGAAACUUUGCCUCCGUUCACUUGUUUGGUGUGGAGUUAACAAACAUGGGCCAGCAGAUUCUUGGCAGUUAUCCAGUCCACUUCCACCUGGCUGGAGACGUGGACCAGAAGGGUGGGUACAAUCCACCAACCUACGUGGACAAUGUAGCCAUUCAUCACUGUUUCUCCAGAUGCGUUGCUAUACAUGGAACAAAUGGCCUGUUGGUGAAAGACACUAUAGGCUAUGAUACAUUAGGCCACUGUUUCUUCCUGGAGGAUGGAGUAGAACAGCGAAAUAUACUGUAUCACAACCUGGGCCUCCUUACUAAGCCAGGCACUAUCCUCCCUUCAGACCGCAAUGCGAUCAUGUGCAUCACAAUCCGCGAUCAAGUUUAUGGAAAUUACAUUCCUGUGCCAAGCACUGACUGCAUGGCUGUCACAACAUUCUGGAUUUCCAAUCCAAACAACCAUCUUAUCAACAAUGCAGCUGCUGGAGCUCAGGAUGUGGGGAUUUGGUUUAUCUUCCAUCGAGCUCCUACUGGACAAUCUGUUGGUCAAUACCCAGAGGGUCAGUCUGAAUUUACCCCACUGGGAGUAUUUUAUAACAACAGGGUACAUUCUAAUUUCAAGGCUGGACUUUUUAUUGGCAGUGGAGUGAAGACAACUGAGUCCAAUGCUGAAGAUCCCAGGGAGGUUCUUACUGUUGACUUUGCAAGGUUUCGCCCACAUCAGAACGCUGACCCCAAAAAGCCACGGGUUCCUGCUAUUAUUGAUGGCCUCGUAUCCUUCAAAAAUAAUGACCAUGGAGCUUGGGCUAGAGGAGGAGACAUUAUAUUCCGCAACUCUGGGUUCUCUGACAAUGGAAUUGGCCUGACUCUCGCAAGUGAUGGAACUUUUCCAACUGAUGAGGGGUCCAGCUUGGAAGUGACAAAAUCGAUCUUUGUUGGUGAAAGCAUUAAUGUUGGCUGUAAUGGAGGACAGAACAGAUAUUGGGGCAAGGGAGCACAUGGGGAGUACAGGACCCUGCCAAGAAACAGAACUUUCCCUAUCCGUGGAUUCCAGAUCUAUGAUGGCCCGGUCAGGAUUACUCAUUGCACGUUUAAGAACUACAUAUCUGUCCAUGAGCGGUACUCCAGUGCACUUGCAUUUUUUAUGAGAAACUCCUGGCAAAUCAGCCCCCAAAACAAUGUGUCUCAAGUCAAGUUGGAGUGGAAUGUUAACCUUGAAGUAUUCUUUGGAAAACCAGGACAGUGGUUUGGAACAAAUAGUCUUGAUGGUGACCAGACAUCAAUAUUCCAUGAUUUGGAUGGUUCAAUGACAGGAUAUCCUGACACGUUCGUAGCUAGGGCUGACAACUACCUGGUUCGCCAUCCAGGAUGCCUCAGUGUGCCCAGGUGGAAUGGAGUGAUCUGCAGUGGCAAGUAUGCCCAGCUAUAUGUUCAGGCCUGGCGCCCAGACAACCUGUCUCUGCUAAUCUCAAAGGAUUCAUACCCAGACCACCCCCUGAAGCUGCAGGGUGUAAAUCGAGGGGCAUCUUAUCAACAGUACCAGCCUGUCGUCAUGCUGGAACAAGCCUACACGUUACGGUGGAAUGGCCGAACGCCUGAACAGAUUGUCCUCUAUCCAAUCAACUUCAACCGAGGGAACUGGAUCCAAGUUGGCAUGUGUUAUCCGAAGAAGACAGUUUUUAAAAUCAUGUCUGAUAUAUACGAUCGGUCGAGUGGAAGAGUACACAGCGUGAAACGGUAUAAAGCAGCCUCAUCCUUCAAUAUCCUGCAGAAAAACCCAGACAAGAAUCUGUAUUACUUUGACAGCAGUGCAGGGAUUCUUUUCCUUAUCGUUCAAGCAAAACAUGUCCGGAAAGGCCACAGUUACUGCUCCAAACACGGCUGUGAACGUUUGAAGAUCUUGUCGCAUGUCAUCUCCUGGGAAAGCAGUGACUGCUUACGGAAAGGCCACCCAGUGAAGCAGUCAGGCGAGCCGGCUCAUCUCAUCACUCUGACCGGACGGGUGGCUGCCCCUUGCAGACACUGUGGUGCCCCACAGGUUGCUAUAACAAGUGACCCGCACAGAGUGUACAUCAAAAUUGAGAUACAGUCACAGAGCACAGGAGACUUACAAAAUGGACGUAAAUUCUCUUUCAUUAAGGUGAAUGAUGAAGUCUUCCUGGCUGAGAAGGCAGGGUUGCUAUUUGUCAUGGUGGACGCAUGUUCUGGAGAUAUUUUGAGCAGGCAGUAUUUUGACACAGCUCAUACUCUGCAGGUAGCUGACUCCAUUGCUAAUUACAUCCAGGAAACCAUUCGAGAAAGGUCAAUUGCUCUCAUCAGUUCAAGAGGUGACUUGGGCUGGGCAUUAAAUUAUGUAUCUUCAGCUUUUCUGAGGCUCGGUGCAGCAAAACCAAUCAACUUUUUCAAAGAAGGAAGUUUUGCUAUGCUAGGAUUCAAGAGUCGGCUGAAACCAGCAUGGAUAAAAAUUCGGAGUCAAAGCGCUGGACAGCUGGCUGCCUCCCUGCAGCAUUAUGUACCUUUGAAACUGAGUGAAUAUGGCUGUUCUGGCAAACCAAAGGAGAACCGGAGGGAUUUAAAGUUGUUCCAUGACUUGAUGUCUUCAAACUAGAUUACAACUGCAAGGCGGAGAAAGAAUCUGUUAAAUUGUUGCCACUUUAACUUCUGUAUCAUUGCUAUAAAUAAAUAUAUUAUGUACAGGA